UCUCAUGGAUAUACUAUUUCCGUUUAUGCAUAUUACUCCUCAACAAAUUAUGAGCCUAUUAAUAUUAAACUAUUCGAAUGGAAUAAAGAGUAUAUCAAUUUUCAAAUAAAAUAUAAUAAAUCAAAUAUAAUUACUUUCAGUGAUACUCAACUUGAUGAAGAAAUAGAUUUACAUAUUUGUUUUCUGUCUACAAUUGAUAAAAAUUUGAAGAUUGAUUAUGAAAUAAUAGAAUUUCCUUUAGAUUUAGUCGGAUAUACUUUAAGCAAAGAAAAUUUUAAUGGUAAAUUACCGAGUGAAAUUGCAAGUGACAGUGUCAUUGAAAUGAACAAUGACAUUGAAAUGGACAUGAAUUAUGAAUUAUCGAAUGAAUUUACAGCUACAAGAGACAGUGACAUUGAAAUGGAUAUAAAUUAUGAAUUAUCGAGUGAAAUUGAAUCUACAGCUACAAAUGACAGUGACAUUGAAAUGGACAAUAAUGAUCAAUUAACAAUUGGAACAUCACAUCGAACGAAUAUAAAUAAGUAUGAUUCUCAGGUACCUCGUAAAAAGUCGAAUAGUAAUAUUAAUACAAAAGAAAAAGGACGCUACAGUACUUCAGAACUUAUUGAAGUCCUAACCUUUAUUAAUGAUAACUUUGAUUUAUGGAAUGCAAGUCCUCCUAUUGCUUGCAGUAAAGCAAUUGAAGCAACUAAUAUUAAUCGAGAUAGUACAUCAGUUUAUAAAAAAAUUCAUUCUUUGAUUAGAAACGUAAGUGAAUAUUUUGAAACUGGUAAAAAGUCAUCACCUAAUGCUAUGAUUUGGAAAGAGAAAAAAAUUUAUGAUCUGGUAGAGAAAAUUUGGAAAAAUAAGAAAAGCGAGGGUGAUAAUGAAAUUAAUUUUGAAAAAUAUUAUGAUAAUAAAACUAAAAUUAGAAAGAAAGUUGAAGAAGAAAUCGACAUAAAAACUGAAAUGACUGAUGAAGUAAUUCAGAAUUUCAUAGACCAAGUAAGAAAGGAAAGUGAAGAAAAAAUUGUUGAAAAGAGGAAAAUGGAAGAAAAAAUUAUAGCCAAAGAAAAAAUUAUUAAAAUAAAGGAAAUGGAAGUAGAAAUUAUCCAAAUGGUUAGAAAUAUUAAUAAUAAAUAUAAACAAUUAAAAGAAAUUCAAUGACGGAAGUUACAACCAACCUUUCGUCACGGGCAUUUCAAUGAUCUAGUUUGCAGAAGUUGUCUUAGGUAGAUGGCUAGGAUUUCACCUUAUUUAUCUAAUAUAGUAUUUACUGAUUGAUUCAAUUUUUAUAAGUUUUAUCAGUUAUUUUUUUUUAUAAAUUAUUAAAUUAUAUACUCACGUCUUUU